AUGGACCUUGAUUAUGCGCUUAAUAAGGAAAAAUCACAUGCUCCUUCUCCUAUUUAUGAUUACUAUAUUGAGAGGAUGAAGGAGUACACUCCUAAAUUAGAAAAAUGGGAGAACUCAGAUUGGAUUGUAAAAAUGAUCAUAAGAUACUCAAUCUCUUUUGAUAUGAGGAGUUUUUUCUCUACUGAAAAGGAUAACAGGGAAUUACGUGCUAAGGAGCUUCACAACUCCAUAAAAGUAUAUUUUAGAAAGGUUUUUCUCUUUGAUAACUUAUUUAAUUCCUAUUAUGAUGGGAUAAGUGACCUAGGUAACCACGUUAAAAGCUUGUUUGAUAUGGCUUAUGAAUUGAAGGCACUUAGAUUACAUGUGUCUGAUGAGUUUAUGGUCUUGCCAAACCAGGGGAGCAAGGACAGCAAAGUCUAA